GUAUUACGUCAUACACAAACUUCCCAUGCUGAACUUUCUGGACUCCACCCCUGUGACAGCGCGGGAAAGAGCAGAGGCCAAGCGAAUUGGUGCGUUCAUGAGAGUCGUUAGGCCUAUUGAGAGCAAGCCCUUUGUAGACGAGGCCACAAAAGACGUCACAGAUGGAGAUCUAUCUCCCCUACCACAGUUUCCUUCCGUUGAAGGAUCGCACCGAGGUGCGUAUGGUGUUCUCAGGCAUCGUUACACGGGGAAAAAUUCCGAAGGAAACAGGUUCAUUCGAAAUCACGAGUUAUAACUUCGGCUACUAAUAAGAACUUGGACAUCACGCUUGAAAUUGUCACAACAAUUCUACAAUGUCUGGUUUUAGGAGGAAGUACAAAAUAAACAAUACACAUGCAAAUUACAGUCAACUAGAAAUACGAAACACAUUUAUCAUAGACACCUAUAGAGUUGACUUUGCUCGUUAUUAGCAAAUUUACGAACUUAAAGGAACUGAAAGUUGAAAACGGUGGUUUUUAAGGUAUUUUUUAUGUCGAAGUUCUGUAAAUUAAAAACACUUGCCUCUAAAUGCCCUUAUUAUAUAAAAUUAUACUCUUUCUUACCACUCUUAAUAUACUUAUUUAUUUCAAGUGUAAUUAAAUUUAGUUUUUUUAAAGAUUAGAUAUACAUGUAUAAUGUUACUAUACUGAGGACUAAAAUACCGACUACUUAGAAAAAUCAAUUUAACACCUUUAUCACAAAAUACAAAUAAAAUUAUGACCCAUUGUGGUUUUCAGUUUUGUGUCAAGCAUACAUUAUGAAAAUAUUUAACUAGGUUUUAACUUUGGUAUUUCUUGCUUCCAUAAUCAGCAUUACUUUUGUGAUUAAUUAUUAGGUUAUGUGAAAUUUUAUCAGCUCUAUUAGAAAAUUAUACUAUGUUUGAAUGACAAUUACUAAUAAAUG